CGGAAGCAAACCCAUAAAAUGAAUUCAGACUCCAGCCCGAGCAGCAGAGCCUCUUCCCCGGACAUGGACGUCAUGUCUCUCCGAGACCACCACCAUCACCACCAUCACCACCACCACGUCGGCUCCUCCGUGUCCUCGUCUACGCAGAGCGGCGAGCAGCGCCCGAAGCUGAGCGCCGGGGAGCUCAUGCGCCCUGGAGACCCCAAAUCUGUGGGAAGCAGCAGCAGCAGCAGCAGCAGCGGCAGCAGCAACAAGUUCAAACUGAAGAAACAAGUCACCGAGGAGGAAAUGUACCAUCUCCGCCUCAAGAUUAACGGCCGAGAGCGGAAGCGCAUGCACGACCUCAACCUGGCCAUGGACGGCCUGCGCGAAGUGAUGCCGUACGCGCACGGGCCCUCGGUGCGAAAGUUGUCCAAAAUCGCCACGCUGCUUCUCGCCAGGAACUACAUCCUGAUGCUCAACAGCUCCUUGGACGAGAUGAAGCGGCUGGUGGGGGAGAUUUACGGCGGGCACAACUCAGCUUUCCACUGCGGGACUGUGGCGCACGCCGCCGGCCCGGGUGGACACUCCGGGGGUCCCGUCGCUGCAGCCGCAGCCGCAGCCGCAGCUGCCGCGCACCAGGUGCACCCUCUCCUCGGCAGCGCACUGUCAACCUCUACGUCCUCCACGCUGUCGAGCGCGCUGCCGGGGCUCACGUCUAUCCGAGCACCCCACGCCCUGAUGAAGGGCUCCCCGGCUGCGCCCCCGGCCCUGCAGCUGGGCUCCGGUUUCCAGCACUGGGCCGGACUGCCGUGUCCCUGCACCAUCUGCCAGGUGCCCCCUCCUCCACACAUCCCCGUCACCUCUACCGGCCUCACGAGACUCACAGGGGAGGGCAAGGACCUGAUGAAAUGA